GGCCAUGGCUGAGAGGCUUGGCAGCCAAGAGAUCGAGAUAGGGCCUCUCUUUUAAGCCCGUCCUCCCCACUGCCCGCCAUGCCGCCACAAAUCGCCCGCGACCUCGUCCCCCUUGCCGACCUCGAGCAUUCUCUCUACCGCCAUCUCUACCCCUUUGACCCCGCCGCUCCCUCACCCUCCCGCGAGCACUCAUUCGCCGCGCCCCCCAUGGCGGCCUCACCCCGCCAAUCGCCCUCCUCCCUCUCCCCGCCCCCGCUGUCUCACUCCGAGGGCUCCUCGAAGGCCUCGUCCACCCCCGAGGCCCGCACUCCCCCGCCUACCGUUUCCGCACACGCCCCGGCAGACGACUCCGCGCCCCGCUACGACUGCCAAUGGCAGGACUGCGACAAGGUCUUCCCCGAGCCAGAGACCCUCUACAACCAUCUUUGCAACGACCACAUCGGCCGCAAAAGCACCGGCAACCUCUGUCUCUCCUGCAAAUGGAAAGACUGCAGCACCAGCUGCGCGAAGCGUGAUCACAUUACCAGCCAUCUCCGAGUUCACACCCCACUCAAGCCGCACGUCUGCGUGAUAUGUAAGAAGCCUUUCAAACGGCCCCAGGACCUCAAGAAGCACGAGAAGAUCCAUACCGAGGAGCAUCAUGUCCAACACAAACACUCCAAGGCCAUCACCGUCUCCGACCCGGCCUACUCUACCCGUGUACGGGGCGACCCAUCCGCUGACCAGGACAAGAAGAUCAUGCCACCUCACCUUGUCGCCCUCCACGGUAUGGACAAGGUCCAAGUCCCCGUUGCGCGCGCCAAGUCGGAUUCCCUCUCUCUCUCCGAGCGCUCCUCAGGGCCAGAGUAUGGAGGGCUUCUGCCUACGCCUUCUCCCGAGAUCGAGCAGGCAGCUAUCCGAUAUCCGAGCUCGGACGCUCCCUCGUCGCGAACGCAGCUUUAUCAGAUGCAAAACCACCAUCAUCAGCUGCCGACCUGGGAAGUUCUCACGGUCGAUGGUACGCCCAACCGUACGGCAGGCGUUGGCGCGAAGCGAACGCACGACGAGUAUAAUGUGGAUGACUUUUCACCGACGUCAAAAAGCGGCGCGUUAACCCGUCCUACGACCCCACAGCAACAUUCCCUCGGCGCAGGCUCUGCCGCCCCAUCUGCGAGCCAGCCCAACUUCAAUCCGCGCUCUGUGUCAUUUGAUAUUCGAAGUCCAGAAGAGCUCGCUGCCGUCAACGAGUUUCUUAUCACGCUUGGCCGCGACGCCGAUACGAACCCGGGAUCAUUCUUUGAUGCAGCGUCGCUCACUCAACUUGGCCUGGCAGGUAUGCCGGGCAUACCGGGAGUGCCCGGUCCAGGAUCUGGCUCAGGAUAUCAUGGCGAUUCAGGUUACCUCUCCGUCGACUUCUCUUCUCAUCAUCUCCCUCCUGUCUACCCGACUGCGCAUGAACCUCCUAUUCCGUACGCCUCGCAAUACUCUGGCUCUCGGAUACGCGGCCAGCGUCUUUCGUCAGACUUCGAGGAUGUGCAAUCGCGGUAUCUGCACCCUGAGCCGCAACAUGUUCAUUACGGGCACAUGCAGGGCCACUACUUCCCGCCGCUGCCGGAUGGUAUGCCUAAUCCGGGAGCGUCGCCGCUGUCCACGUCGUCUACGCCCCCGGCAGUGACGCCUCCGCACUUGGGCGAGCCAUCGUCUGUGUUUACUCCGGAGGGUACGGCUGUAUUCGAUUAUCUCCGACCGAGCAAGGCGGCGCCGCCCGUGCAGCUUUCCCCCAUGGAUUACGGAAGCAAGAACAUGCGCACAUCCAUGCUGCUCAGGACCGCGCCGGCAUUGGGAAUGACUGUACACAGGGGCCCACCCGCGAAGCUUACGUCAAAGGACGUCACGGAGCUUGGGACUUCGCUUUCGCGCUCCAAGGACGGCUCGCUCUAUCCGCUGCUCACGUCGGGCGACGAGCAGUACAAGCUUGCGCCGCUCAAGUCGCGGUAUCGCUCACCAUCACCGCCAGCAUCCGAGUCGGCGUCCUCACCAAUUCUCUCGCGCGCCUCGACGGUGUCGCCCACGCCGUACGAGUCGUCGCGACCCUCCACGGCCUCAUCGUCCUCGUCGCCCAGCCCGAGGCCCACGGUCCUCCCUGGCAUCCACCAGAUCGCGCAGGGAGCCACGCGCGCGAAGGCGCGCAGGCGCGAUUCUGACGACCUCGCACGCGCUAUCGGUCAGAUCGAGCUUGAGAGCCGGUCGGCCGGCGAUCAUCCUGCCCAGCGUGAAGCGCAUGCGUGUCUCGUGCGGGACCUCCUUGUGUCGAUCAACAUGGAGUACAUGAGGAAGUUCGGCGCACCGCCCUCGACGUACGGCGUGCGGGACGUUGAGAUGGUGAGCGCAUAAUGAUUCGCGGCUCUGUGCGAGCUUGUACAUACUCUUCGGACAUCGUUAUUACUUUAUCCUACGAUCGUUGUCAUUGUAUUACCACUCUGUUGUGUAGUGUAGAGUACGACCAUCUUAUGCUCAGAUACGCAUCCAUCACACUGGGAUUUCUAUAGAUCAAGCGUCGCAAUUAAGCAUCUCGUUAUACCGGAUCACCAAGCUGGCCAAAGUAAUUGUACCGACUUCGAGGG